AAAUGUUCAUACAUGAACCAUUAAAUUUGUUUGGUGGUGUUUCUUCGUCUUUAUAAUAUUUCUUAUUUGAUCAUUUCAUUUACUAUGUCUAAAGUGAAUGAGAUUUAGAUUUGUUUGAUAAUAAUUUUUUUCUUUCUUUAUAUCCCCAUUUUAAUCAGUUACUCCAAAAUGUUUGAUCUAAAAGUGUUUAAACAAUGAAUGCGCAACAGAAUAAUCAUUAACGAGUCUGCUAUUGUAAAAUGUUUUAUAAAUAAGCUUUAUUCUUCCUUUCCUAACACGCAAAAAUAAAAAAUAAAAAACGAAAAAUAAAGAAACUCCUUAAUUACGAAAACUCAUUAAUUCUUUAAUAAUCUUCAAAAAUCAUGAAUAAAAAAUUUAUCCUAAUACUCGCUCUAAUUGUAGCUUUUAUCGCAUUCGCUUCUGCUACACCUUCUAUUUGGAAAAGAGAUGAUAAUAGUAGAGUUAAAGAGAACUCCAUAGAUAAAAGACGACCGGAAGAAAAAGGAAGGACAAGUGGUCCACACCGUUUGACGAAAAGACAGUCGUGUUCGUCCCAAGGAUUAGUUCCAUGUGCAGUCGGAUGCUGUCACCCCUAUGGAUGCGGUAGUUAUGGUGUAUCUUGCGGUGAUGGUACUUGUUGCCCUUCGGGAACUUCUUGCACCACAAAGUCUUGCGCGUAAAAUUUUCUUGUAGUUAAUAACAAGAUAGUAUCAAUUUAUUUUAAGAAGCUUUUUGUUAUUUUUAUUUGUUUUUUUCUUUUUUUCUGUUAUAAAUAUUUUUUUUAUUGGCUGUUAUAAUACUUUUUCGCGUUAUAGUCAGCUUCUUUAUAUUUAGAUCAAAAAAUAAACGCGUUUAUAUUUUAUAAAUUAUUUUCAAUAAUGAUUUUUGUCAACUUUAAUUGAUUAAAUGUGUCGAAACGUAGUAGCAAAUCAAUAAACCAAUCUU